AUGGGCGAGCGUUGUUGUGCGGCGGUGGUGCGGGUGCUGGUGCUGCAGGCGGCCUGGGCGCUGUCGGGCGGGCAGGUGCGCUACUCGGUGCCGGAGGAAGCCAAGGCCGGCACGGUGGUGGGCCGUCUGGCGCAGGACCUGGGGCUGGAGGCGGGCGAGGCGGAGGCGCGGCGGCUGCGGCUGGUGGCGCAGGGCCGGCGGGCGAGCGUGGAGGUGAGCGGGGCGAGCGGCGCGCUGCUGGUGAGCUCGCGGCUCGACCGGGAGGAGCUGUGCGGCAAGAGCGCGCCGUGCGCGCUGCGCCUGGAGGUGCUGCUGGAGCGGCCGCUGCGCGUCUUCCAUGUGCAGCUGGAGGUCACCGACAUCAACGACAAUGCCCCCGUCUUCCCCGCCGCCCGAAAAAACCUCAGCAUCGCAGAAUCAUCUGUGCCGGGGUCUCGUUUCCCGCUGGAGGGCGCGUCGGAUGCGGAUAUCGGAGCGAAUGCGCAGCUCACCUACACGCUCAGCCCCAGCGAGCAUUUUAGAAUAGAGGAAGAAAACAGUAACUCUCGCAGUAAGUCGCUGUUUCUGGUACUCAUGAAAUCCCUGGACCGCGAGACGAUUCCUGUGCACCGGUUGGUGCUGACGGCGACUGAUGGGGGCCGGCCGUCUCUGUCGGGGACAAUGGAACUCAUGAUCUGCGUGCUGGAUGUGAACGACAACGCACCCCAGUUCAACCAGUCUGUGUAUAACGUAGUUUUGCCCGAAAAUGCAUCAGAGGGGAUGCUUGUAGCGAGGGUGAAUGCCACGGAUUCCGACACAGGAAUAUAUGGUGAACUGGUAUAUGAGGUUGAUACUAUUGUACCGCCCUCAGCAGGAGAUCUAUUCAGCAUCGAUGCAAAUAAUGGAGAGAUAAGAGUGAGGGGCGCCCUGGACUACGAGACAGUUACUUUAUACGAACUACACAUUAAAGGUACAGAUAAGGGAACACCUCCGCUGUCAGGUCACUGCAAGGUGGUGGUGGAGGUGCUGGACGUGAACGACAACGCGCCGGAGGUGUGGGUGACGUCGCUGUCGGUGCCGGUGCCGGAGGACGCGUCGUUGGGGACGGUGGUGGCCCUGCUGAGCGUGUCGGACCGGGACUCGGGGGAGAACGGGCGCGUGCGGUGCUGGGUGUGGCCGGCGUCGCCGUUCGGUCUGGAGGCGACGUUCUUGGGCUCGUACUCGCUGGUGCUGCGCGAGGCGCUGGACCGGGAGCGGGUGUCGGAGUACGAGGUGGAGGUGCGUGCGGAGGACGGCGGGGCGCCGGCGCUGCGCGCCAGCCGCGGGCUGCGGGUGCCGGUGUCGGACGUGAACGACAACGCGCCCUUGUUCGCGCAGGCCGUGUACACGGUGCUGGCGCGGGAGAACAACGCGGCGGGCGCGGAGCUGGCGCGGCUGUGGGCGCGGGACCCGGACGAGGCGGCCAACGGGCGCGUCAGCUACUCCGUCUGGGAGGGCGGCGUGGGCGUGGGUGGCGCCGCAGGGUCCUCGUCGUCGUCGUCGGGGGUCGGGUGGCGUCCGGCGUCGAGCUACGUGUCGGUGGACGCGGAGAGCGGGCGCCUGUGGGCGCUGCAGCCCUUGGACUACGAGGAGCUGCAGGUGCUGCAGUUCGAGGUGCGCGCGGUGGACGCGGGCGAGCCGCCGCUGAGCGGCAACGCCACGGUGCAGCUGUUCGUGCUGGACGAGAACGACAACGCGCCGGCGCUGCUGCCGCCCGCGGGCUCGGCCCCGGAGGCGGGCGGCGUGGCGGCCGCGGACGGCGGCGGCGCUGGCGGGGGCGGGCUCGGAGUCGGGCACGCUGUGGGCGUGGUGGCCAAGAUCCGCGCCGUGGACGCCGACUCGGGCUACAACGCGUGGCUGCGCUACGAGCUGUGGGAGCCGCGGGGCAAGGGCCCGUUCCGCGUGGGGCUCUACAGCGGCGAGGUCAGCACGGCGCGGGCGCUGGACGAGGCGGACGGGCCUCGCCAGAGGCUGCUGAUCGUCGUGCGCGACCACGGCGAGCCGGCGCGCUCGGCCACGGCCACGCUCAGCGUGUCGCUGCUCGAGCCCAACGAGGCGGCGCUGGCCGCGGGAUCCUCGGCGGCGUCGGCGGCGGUGUCGCGCUCGGCGGCGGGCGUGGAGCUCGGGCCCGCGGCGGCGAGCGCGGCCACCAACGUGUGGCUGGUGGUGGCCAUCUGCGCCGUGUCCAGCCUCUUCCUGCUGGCCGUGGUGCUGUACGGGGCGUCGCGCUGGGCGCCGCGGGCGGCCGUGCUCUCGGGGCCCGGGCCCACGACGCUCGUGUGCGCCAGCGAAGUGGGCAGCUGGUCCUACUCGCAGCGCCACAGCCGGAGCCUGUGCGUGGCCGACGGCGCUGCCAAGAGCGACCUCAUGGUUUUCAGCCCCAACUUCCCUCCGCCGCCGUCGGGCCCCGCGCCCAAGGACACGCAGCCGGAGCCCUCCGCUCUCCUCGACACGAGGCGACUGGCGAGAUAUCAGAAGGGGUAA